CUUCCCGUUCUUCUGCCGUCUCAUGUGGCUGUGGUGACGGAGCAGCAUAUAGCCCCAGAGAAGCGGCGGCGGGAUAGUAUCGAUGCGGCGUGUAGUGAUAAGCUGGGAUUAAGUCUCUAAUUGGGUUCUUUUGCCGCGGGGGUCAUGAUAUCCACAACUGAUCUCGCUGAACAUACAUUGGAGCAAAUUGAACCCAUCCGGAAUCUAUUUGCUGCUCUUUUCCUAGCCAGCAUUGGGAUGCUAGUUAAUGUGGACUCAUGUGGAUAUACUGUUAGCCUCUGUGAUAUUAGUAAUUAUCAUAAAGACAACAAUAGUUACAACCGUUGUCAAGGGAUUUGGAUACAACAACAAGACGUCUCUCCUGGUUGGAAUAUCUCUGGCUCAGAUAGGAGAGUUUGCCUUUGUACUACUUAGCCGUGCCUCCAAUCUUCACCUUAUCGAAGGGAAACUCUAUUUGCUUCUCCUCGGGACAACCGCUCUAAGCCUGGUUACGAUACCGCUGGUUUUCAAAAUGAUUCCAACAGUUGUGCAUCUAGGGAUAUUGUUAAAGUGGUUUUCUCCAGACAGUACUAUAGAACUUUUGGUAUUGGUCAGAAUGGAGAAACCGUAAGAUCAGAAAGCAGUAAACAACGGAUGAUUCUAAUGUCACGCCAAUCCCACAUCUCCUGAAAGCCAAAAUGUUUCUUCUCAACUGAAGUUUGGUACACCAAUUUUGACAAAAAGAAAACAAAAGCAAGCAAGCUGUAUGUGGUAAAGAAGAAGAAGAAAGAGUCAGAUUUUAACACUAACAUUGUUUGUUGGGUGCCUAGGUAUCCACCGUAAGCCUUUCCUUGUUUGAACCUCGCCCUUGCCUUGGGAGUAACUAACCCACAACCCAUUUGGUUUCAUUGUAAUUACUAGUUAGUACCGUUUCCUUUUCUCUUUCCUUUAUGUAAUCUGUCACGAAACAAGUUUGAUUUUUUUUCUCUUGUAAUCAUAUAUAUACUCAGCCUAUACCACUGUACUUUGUGAAACCAAAAAAAGCUCUCAAUUAAUUUUCGAAGACAAAGGUUUUAGUCUGCUAGAAGAAAGAACA